AUGUCCUCUUUCUUUUUCUUGGCUGCUUUCCUUUGCUUGACGCUGGUGGUGUGCGUUGAGGCGUCGCCGGUGCAGUAUCAGGAGCGCGAUGUGGGAAGGGUUGAGCGUCCGCUACAGAGGACUAUCGUCGUCGUAGUGUGUAUAUUGUAUGCUUUUAUACUUGCAUUGGUUCAGGGAUAUCGCGCUGGUCGCAUAGCCGGAAAACCACCUACCAAAACCCAAUUCUCAGAUGUUCUCGUCUUCGUCCAAGGCUUCGUCUGUACUGCUUUUGUAUUCGCCACCGCUAUGAUAGUUGCAGGCUUGGGACUGCACACGGAGCCUCAAUGUUACGCUGCGAUACGUGUCUGCAUCGCCAUGUAUGCUGCUGCAAAGAUCCCACUCUACCUCUUCCUCCUCGAGCGCGUCCACAUUGUCCGCGCUCCCUUUGUCGACCGCCAGCGCGACCCCAUCUACGUUGUAGGAUCACUACUGACAAUCGGCGGUUUCCUCGGCAUAAUGGGCUACCAAUUUGUGAACCCGAUGGCUGUAAUAUCACCUGACGACGGCCAAUGCAGAAUCGGCAUUGAACCCCGCGCGGCUAUUGCAAUCAUCGUCCUGGAUACCGUCAUUAACUUUGGUCUGACCGGCAUCUUUGUAUGGCAGAUUCGCCCUACGCUCGCCUCGGUCCUGCCAGAGUUGUCGAGUGCGCCUGGUACACCUAGACUGCGAACCGAGUUCCCCGCUCGUGGAUCCAAGCCUUGGAUGAAGAGGACGCAUCAGUUUAUCCGUAGCUCGUCGCAGAACGAUUUCAGGGUCAUGUUGAUUAGGAAUGUAGUUGGGUCUGGAUUCAUGUUGAUUGUCACGCUCUGCAACAACGGUCUUUUUCUGAACUGGAAUUUCGCAAAGAUGGGGCAUGCUUGUCUGCUAAUGUGCCUGACUGAUGUUGUCCUCGGUAUGCUAGUAACGCAACUCCUAACCAUGCGCUCCGCCGUCCCAGACGCCUCUCUCCUCCGCCGCUCCUCCAGCACACCCCUCAUCUCAAACGCCACGGGCUACGAUCAAGAAGGAUCCAACUUCCGCCGGCCCGUCCCCGGCUUCUCCGAACGCUCAGACUGGCUCAUGCUGUCGACGGAGAAACCCGGCCCCGUCCGCGAAGUCAUCGACGACAACUCACGCUUCAAUCUCCGCUGA